CCGUCGCCCAACUUUUCUAGUGUUUGCUCUUCAUGCAGCCAGCGUCCGACAAUGGCGAGCAGCACACGCCAACCAUCCAGGAGGCCCCCUCAGAGUCGGACGUGAAGGAAGAGACACCUGUAGUCGUCGAUGGGAGCUCCGAGCCAGGUCAAGAGUCUGCAGCUGACCAGCCUCAGAACGACGCGACUUCGGAUGCCCCGAAAGAUCCACCUGAGGUUAGAGAUGCUCAGACUGUGGACGCACCUCCUGCUGCCGCCGAUACGCCAGUCGAAGUUGUCAGCCCUACCGAUCCCCCCUCCCCUCCUCCCAAGGCCGACUCAAACCCUCAGCCCGAGCCCACGUCUACUCAGGAUGUACCGCACGAAUCGAGACCGUCAGUAUCCUCGCCCUCUCCCCGACCUUCAAUGAACGGUCAUUACCGACCCGAUGUCUCGCGACCGCCAUCUCAACCUUCCACUCCUGGUGCUCAGGCGCACAGACGAUCUCUCACAAUGGCCAGAGGUCAAACCGUCUCUGUCGUCUUGAUCUCUUCUGCACUCGAGACUAUCCUUUCUUCUAGAGAGGCGAAGAAGUCACAACCUCUGCGUGAGAGCGCUCAAAAUGCUCUCGACAUGGUACGAGCAGGCGAAGGAGGCGAUCGUCCACGAGCCAUCUUUGAGCCCCUGCGACUAGCAUGCGAAACGAGGACCGAGAAGCUCAUGAUCGCCAGUUUGGACUGUAUUUCAAAGCUGAUCUCAUACUCGUUCUUUGCCGAACCUUCGUCUGCUCAAUUUUUACCCUCUCCGCCUCCUUCACCCACCCAAGGACGCCCGUCUCAAACGGGUUCGCAAUAUAACGCACCACAGCCGUCUCUUGUCGAUCUCGUCGUCCACACUAUAACUAGCUGUCAUACCGAAGCGACUCCAGAGACUGUUUCUCUGCAAGUGGUUAAAGCCUUGUUAGCUCUUGUGCUCUCACCGACAAUCUUGGUUCACCACUCUUCUCUGCUGAAGGCAGUUCGCACGGUUUAUAACGUCUUUCUCUUAAGCUCUGAUCCCGUCAAUCAGAUGGUCGCGCAGGGCGGACUGACACAGAUGGUCCACCAUGUCUUCACGAGAUGCGGAUUGAACAAGAACACUGAGUCUGAUGAACUAACAUUGAAGUCCUCGACAAGCUCGGAGGAUGUUUCAUCUUCGGCUUCGCAACCCCCUAAACCUGACGUAGAGCCCUCGAGACCAGUGUCCAUGACAUCCUCCGUACCAACAUUGGUGGCAGAAGAAGUUGCAGCCGGCUUGGGCCAGCAUACUGGUUUCAACCCAGAUGCAACAGACGACGACGUCAAAAACAACACUCUUGAAGCGGUGCACCAGUCAACUUCCUUGGAAACGCCUCCGCCCAGUACAUCGCGUCGCUUGUCGAUUGACUCGCAUGUGCAUAAUCUGCACGAACUAUCGACACAGGACUUUUUUGUCAAAGACGCGUUCCUGGUAUUCCGCGCCUUAUGCAAGUUAACGAUGAAGCCACUGAACACUGAAAGCGAGCGAGAUCUGAAAUCUCAUGCCAUGCGUUCCAAACUUCUCUCCUUGCACCUCGUUCUCACCAUCCUGCACUCACACAUGAUCAUGUUCACUCACCCUCAAGCUAUUAUCUACUCGACUUCGUCAAAUGAAGCAACCUCGCUUGUUCAGGCUAUCAAUCAGUACCUGUGCUUGAGCUUGAGUCGUAACGCGGUAAGCCCUGUGCCACAGGUGUUUGAGGUUAGCGUGGAGAUCUUCUGGCGCGUCCUAUUAGGAAUGCGGACAAAGCUGAAGAAAGAGAUUGAAGUGCUCUUGCAUGAGAUUUUCAUUCCGGUCAUCGAGAUGCGGACAUCGACUCUGAAGCAAAAGGCCGUCAUACUUGCUAUGUUUGCUCGACUAUGCCAAGAACCACAGGCUCUGGUUGAGAUUUACCUUAACUAUGAUUGCGACAGCGGGGCGACAGAUAAUAUAUAUGAGCAUCUCAUGAAUAUCCUCUCGAAGAUUGCAACACUGCCCUACGCACAUUCCCAGGCCGCGGCCAAUGAGAUGAACAGUCCCAGGGUGCAGCCGCAAACCAAGGCUCAGCGCGACGCUACCCCCCAUAGUAGUGCCAUGCUUCAAGUGCCAGGCGUCAUUGAUACAUCAUUGAUUGGUCUUUCAGAAGGUCAGCUCAGACGGCAAGGUUUAGAGUGUCUCGUAUCAGUUCUGAGAUCACUGGUGACUUGGGGUGGUAAGACUGGGACUGAGAGUGGGCCUGGCCCUGCUUCGCGCAACGUGGAGGAAGAGAAUCCUAGUCAGGAGCAACUCGCAGCCGCCGCGAGUAUCGAAGCUCUGCGACAACAAACUCCAGAUCUGUCGGAUGAUCCAUCGAAGUUUGAGAGCGCUAAACAAAAGAAGACGACGUUGCUGGAGGGCAUUAAGAGGUUCAAUUACAAGCCUAAACGUGGUAUUCAAAUGUUUAUUGAAACGGGCUGGAUACCAAGUAAUGCUCCUAAGGACAUUGCAAAGUUCCUUCUGACGACUGAUGGUCUCAGUAAAGCAAUGAUUGGAGAGUACCUUGGGGAAGCUGAUGAAGAGAACGUUGCUGUUAUGCACGCUUUGGUUGACUACUUGGACUUCCGCAAUCUUCCCUUCCUUGAUGCCCUUAGGAUGUUCUUACAAUCGUUCCGUCUACCCGGUGAAGCGCAGAAAAUCGAUCGGUUCAUGCUGAAGUUUGCAGACCGGUAUAUCGCCGGGAACAUACAAACUCCAUUCAAGAAUGCAGACGCUGCCUAUAUCCUCGCGUACUCUGUCAUUCUGCUCAACACUGAUGCUCACAGUCCGCAAGUCAAGAAUAGGAUGACCAAGUUGGACUUCAGGAAGAACAACAGGGGAAUCAAUGACAACGAGGAUCUACCGGAAGAGUUUUUGGACACCAUCUAUGACCAGAUUCAGAGCAACGAGAUUCGUAUGAAGGACGAAGUCGAAGCUGCUGCUCCCACAGCUGCAGCUCCAGGCCUUGCAAGCGCCCUGGCUAACGUAGGGAGAGAUCUUCAAAAAGAAGCAUAUCUGACGCAAUCUAAUGGAAUGGCCAACAAGACUGAGGCACUUUUCCGGACGUUGAUGCGCUCUCAGCGCAAAGGCUCUCGGACUGGAGCUGAGUUCUUUAGUGCAUCGCACUUUGUACACGUUCGUCCCAUGUUGGAGGUUACGUGGAUCGCUUUUUUGGCUGGUCUGUCAGGACCCCUGCAGAAUACUGAUGAUCUGGAAACGGUCGAGCUGUGUCUGGAAGGUUUCAGACAUGCCAUUCACAUCUCAUCGUUAUUCGAUCUCGAGUUGCAGCGCAAUGCAUUCGUUACAACGCUGGGCAAAUUCACUUUCCUGAACAACCUUGGGGAAAUGAAAACGAAAAAUAUGGAGGCUAUCAAGACUCUGCUUGACAUUGCUGUCAAUGAGGGUAACUACCUGAAAGGGUCGUGGCAUGAAGUCCUCUCAUGUGUUAGCCAGCUUGAGCAGAUGCAGCUGAUCAGCAGCGGGGUUGACCUUCUCGAUGCCAAGAAAGGGAAAGGACGAAAACUUCCAGCGGAAGAACUCGCCAACGAGAGUAGAUCCACUCACAUUACCGUUGCCGCAGAUAUGGUUUUCUCACUGAGCCACUACCUUACCGGAACUGCCAUCGUCGAUUUCGUCAGAGCGUUAUGCGAUGUGUCGUAUGAAGAGAUCAAGUCGUCGGGUCUCUCCCAGCAUCCUCGGAUGUUCAGCUUACAGAAGCUGGUAGAAAUCUCGUACUACAACAUGAACCGUAUUCGAUUGGAAUGGUCAAACCUCUGGGAAAUUCUUGGCGAACACUUCAACCAGGUAUGCACGCAUGACAACCCAAGCGUCAGCUUCUUUGCACUUGACUCCUUGCGACAAUUGUCCAUGCGUUUCUUGGAGAAGGAAGAGUUGGCACACUUCAAGUUCCAAAAGGACUUCCUCAAACCGUUCGAGUACACCAUGACCAAGAAUCCAAACCCGGAUGUUCGCGACAUGGUCUUGCAAUGCAUUCAACAGAUGAUUCAAGCUCGUGUUCAAAAUAUGCGAUCCGGAUGGCGGACAAUGUUUGGCGUCUUCUCUGCGGCAUCAAAAGUGCUGACAGAGAGAAUUGCUGCAUCUGCAUUUGAGAUGGUGAACAGUCUGAAUAACGAGCACUUCGCUUCCAUCGUCAGGCACGGUGCGUUCGCUGAUUUGACUGUUUGCAUAACGGAGUUUUGCAAAGUCAGCAAAUACCAGAAGAUCAGCCUGCUUGCUAUUGGGAUGCUCCGUGGUGUCAUCCCAGCUAUGCUCAGUUGUCCGGACUGUGCUUUGAGCCAGGAAUCUGAUCCGGAAGGAGACGACAAUAAGCGGGAUGAUGUGAUGAUCAGAUUCUGGUUCCCAGUCCUGUUCAGUUUCUACGAUAUUAUCAUGAACGGCGAAGACAUUGAAGUUCGGCGGUUAGCAUUGGACUCUUUGUUCUCAACGCUGAAGACAUAUGGAGCCACCUUCCCGGUAGAUUUCUGGGAUACAGUCUGCCAGGAACUUUUGUUCCCUAUCUUUGCUGUGUUGAAGUCUAGUCAAGAUGUUUCUCGGUUCAGUACUCAGGAAGAUAUGAGUGUGUGGCUAUCGACGACAAUGAUCCAAGCUCUGCGUGACUUGAUCGACCUCUACACUCAUUAUUAUGAGAUCCUCGAACGGUUCCUUGAUGGUCUCCUAGACUUGCUUUGCGUUUGUAUAUGUCAAGAAAAUGACACGCUUGCACGCAUUGGUACCUCUUGCUUGCAGCAAUUCCUGGAGAACAACGUCUCCAAGCUCAGUUCAGCUCGAUGGGAACGUGUAGCUUCUACGUUCGUGAAGCUCUUCAAGACCACUACACCUCACCAGCUCUUUGAUGACUCUCUUCGAGUGGAAAUCGAUGGUAGCUCUCCUGAACUUCCGGACGCAGACGCGAACGGUCAGGCUAUCUUACCUGCACCUCUAUCACCCACGGCAGAACGUCCGCCGCCAGAAGUUCAGCACUCUCUAUCCGACCGGCGGCGUGUCUUCAAGCAGAUCAUUGUGAAAUGUGUGCUCCAGCUUCUUCUGAUUGAGACUACGAGCGACUUGCUUCGUAACGACACCAUCUAUACCACGAUACCCCCUGAGCAGCUUUUGCGUUUGAUGGGCGUGCUUGAUCACAGUUACCAGUUUGCACGCAUGUUCAACGAUGAUAAGGAGCUCCGCACGGGACUUUGGAAAGUUGGAUUCAUGAAGCAUCUCCCCAACCUGCUCAAACAGGAGUCGAGUAGUGCAGCAACGCUUGUGCACGUGCUGCUUCGCAUGUACUUUGACGAGCGACCAGAGCAUCAAGCGGCGCGCCCUCAAAUCGCGGAAAGACUCCUUCCACUUGGUCUGAGUGUCUUGCAAGACUACAUCAAGCUGAGGGCGGAUACACAGGCGAGGAAUAUUGCAGCUUGGACACCCGUGGUCGCAGAAAUCCUGCACGGUUUCUGCCGUUUCGAUAAUAAAGCCUUCUUGAGAUAUCUACCGGCUAUCUACCCGCUGACGACCGGUCUUCUCGCCCGCGAUGUCGCUCCGGAAAUCCGGCUGGGCUUGAAGAUGUACUUUGAACGUGUUGGUUACUCUCAAGGCAUCAUAGAUCAAGUAGCAUAGUUCCUUCAUUUUAGUCACAUUGUAUUGUAAUGCAUUGGACCGCUAAUUCCAGAUAGUUAAAGUUAAAAACGAGAGAUCGAGAUGAUAAAUCCAAGAGAGCGACGUAAGAAAUAAGAGAGAAAACACAAAGGAACGUGAUUAAAGCUAGUUGCUACUAAGAAUUAGUACCCAGUGUAUCCAUUCUGAUAACCACCAUUGGGCUGAUAGCCUCCCCAUCCAUUGAAGCCGGUAGGUUGAGUACGGAGAACAUCAUAUUUCUCAGGUUGCUGAGGUCCGUUCGUAUCUUCUCCCGAUGCGAAUGUCCCGGACUUCAUGGACGCAAACACAUUGGCUGGAUUUGUGCUCUGAGCGUUGUUGUUCUGCCCGAAUGGCGACGAGGGUGGCGGCGAGGUGUUGGAACUGAAGUUGCCAAAGUUGGGGUUGAAACCCGUCGGCUGAGGUUGCAUACCGCCGUUCUGGAACGGGCUGGGGUUGUUGCUGAAAUUGCCAAAGUUGCCAAACGCACCAGUUGGCUGCGCCAUCAUCGGACUCGGGCCAGGGAACCCAGUGGGCUGUGCCAUAAGCCCCUGUUGUGGCAUUGGAGGCGGCAGCUGCUGAUGUUGGGGCAUGAAGCCAGUCGGUUGUGGCUGCAUGGGUGACGGGUUCGCAAAUGGCGAGAGCUGCGCACUGCCUGUGCGUGCCGGCACAAAGCCAUUGAAACCGGUAACCGUGGGCACGAGAGGUUGAAGGAGGCUUUGGUUGGUAGGAACAGGAGCAAAGGGGCCGCGGGGAGCGUUGGGGUUCGGCGGCAUACCCGUCUGUUGGAUCUGUAGAUGCUGGCCCAUGGGCGAAGGGGACGAACCGAGACCCAUGCCGUUCACAGGAGGCGACAUAAUCGAGGGCGAAGGCGCAGCGGCUGGAGCGGGUGAAGGGACUGCGCGGAGCUCGCUGAGACGUGCGAGUUGAUCGAAAAUGUCGGCGUCCGUCUUUGCAAGUACUGACUUUGGCUGGUCUGAUUGAGUGGGUGCGACUGCAGGUGCAGGAAUGGGAGGAGCCUGGGCAGUAGCCUGGUUGGCAGCAGGUGGGGCAGAAGGCGCUCGCGCUGGGGCAGAAGCCGCAGGGCUCGCCGCAGCGGGCUUGGUGGAGCUGGGCCGGUUUGUCCAGGCAUCAUCGUCAAAGCCACUCGCGACCGGAGCAGCUGAGCUGGCCCUCUGAGGUGGUUGCACAGUUGUGGAAGGCGACGGAGUCAUCGAGGCCGGAGAACCAGUCCGUUGGAUCUGGCCUGAAGCAGAUUCGAUAGCGUUGAGAUCGACCGAAGCUGGAGGAAGACUCUUGCUUGGCUGCGGCCUGCCACGCCUUUGCGUGUUGUUCUUCAGUAAGCCACCAGGACCAGCGAACAAGUUGGGAGCCGGGCUGGUUGGCUUGCUCUCCUCACGUUGAAGUUGCUCUGCAAGCUCCUGGUCCUUGCGCAUUUGCUCCUCUUUGUCUUUCUUACCAUACUUCUGUGCGAUGAACUUCGACACGCGGAUGAUGUCGCCUUCUCGCAAGCCCAGCGAUCGCAUUGUUGACUCGGUGAUGUCAGGGAGAAGUGCCUCGUCGAUCUUGUCGCGUUCGAAUGACGAGGCAUACCGGGUGCAGUCGUCGACAUCACAGCCAGCAUUAAGGAAGAAUUCGAACCAGUCCGUGGUAGGACCUUUCUUCGCUGGAGGCUUCGACGCCCGCUUCGCUGCUUCAGUCUGGCGCUUCAAAGCAAGUGGCUCGUCAUCGUCGUCAUUGGAGGCCUUGCGAGGCGGCGAAGAUUGCUUCUGCGAGCCCCGGAUAACCUUCUCGACGUGACGCAUGUCCUCGACAGACAUCUUCUCGGCUGGCACCUCAAUGACAACGCCAUUAACUUUGUGUAGCCUCAAUUUGCCAUCUUUAUAGCCAAGAAACGCCGCCUCGACGCGGAACUGCCCGCUGCGAUCAUGCCAUACACGCGUAGUGCCGGCAUCGGGGAAACGUCGACUGUCACUUGAGCUGCGAUGUUUGGAGGUUGAUGAAUCACUGCUGCCCCGUGAUUUAGGCUGAGAAGGAGGGGGAGAUCUGCUCUUCUCUCUGUCAGCUUUCUCCUGGGCCCUUCUCGCGUCCUCCUGACGCUGUUUGCGGCGACCUUCUGCAGCCCGCGCUUCCUCCUCCUUUUCGCGCCGACGUCGCUCUUGCUCGGCAGCGGCAGCGGCAGCUUUUGCACGUUGCUCCUCCUGUAUCUUCCGCUCGCGCUCCGCCUUUUCCGCCCUCUCUGCCUUCUCCCGAGCUUUACGCUCCUCCGCCUCCACCUUUGCCCUUGCUUCCGCCUCUCGAGCUGCACUAUCGUCUGCUUGAACUCCACCUUGACCGGGUGCAUUCUCAAGAUAAGAAGCAGGGACGACACCCUCGGCACCAUGCUCAUUCCUGCACUUCCACCACUCGUCUCCCUCCUUUUCCACUAUCCAUAGCUUCUCACCUUCUGUGACCGACAGCUCAUCUUCACCUGUACCUUCGAAGUCGUAGAGGGCGAAUGCCAACUCCCCUUCGCCUUCCUCCGUUGUCGAUGCAGGUGCCGCCUCCUCAUACUCUUCCUCUUCCUCGUCAGAGUCCUCUCGAGGAGGAAUGAUAGCAGGCGAAUCUUCAGCAAAUCGUACCGACACGCCAUUCUUCUUGUGUGGACUACUUGAUGGCGAGCCCUCGCGGUCACUAUCCUGAUGCCCCGACGAGAGUUCUUUGGAGGAGACAAGCUUUGAGACGACAGCUUCCGCGGUGUCCUUGGAACCAACGUUGAAAUGGAGCUUGACAGGGUUCGGGCCGGCAAUGUCGAUGUGUACAUGCUUUGACUUCUCGAUACUGUAGUCCGAGAUGUCGGCCGUCUGCCACUUCUGCACCGGGGUCUUGUCAGACUCGCUGGCAAAGAACAGUGAACCAUUGCCGAUGCCGAGGGUGCCCUUCUUCUUCUUACCCUUUUCGUUGACUUCAGACACGGACCAGGUCUUGAUGUCAUCGGCCUGUGCCUUGGUUGGUGCUGAAGCCACGCGAUCUGCAGGGUCGAUGUAAACGCUUGUCGGUCGUGGUGCAGGCUCAGGAGAAGGCGGAACUAUGAUUUGCGGCGCUGCAGGAGCUGCAGCUUCUGCCUCAUCGCCACCCUCUUCGACAUAAUUUCCGGGUACGAAUCCUGCGCCGCCGUCGCCCUCCUUCUGAACCAGGAUCCACUCGUCUUCGUGCUCAAACACAAGAAGGACCUCGUCUUCCUUGAUAGUGAGCUCGCCCGACGCAACGGCCUCAUAGUCGUAGAGUGCCUUGGCAGUGGACGAAUGCUCCGCCUGUUCGACAUAGGCAGCAGGGACGAGACCGGAGGGACUGUCCUCGUCCUGAGUGGGAGGUUUGAUCUUGACCCUCCACCAGUCUUCGUCCACCCUCUCGAGAAGGAAGAGGAUCUGGUCCUCCUUGAUAGCGACCUCGUCCUCUGACUGUGGGUCGUAGUCGUACGAGGCCUUGAGGACUGCGAGAUAGUGGUGUU